AUGAAGCCUUCAUACUGCAAAUCCUCCCUCACGGCAGGAAAGCCUGUUACUCGCCAUGUCACAACCGCAUUCUCAAAGACAACUAGACCAAGGUCCCUCUCUACAGCACCUCUAGUUGCAGACAAGGCGACCGGUAUUGUCGCACCUUCUACUUUGGCAGCUCUGCCUACACCAGUUCUCAUGAGGUCUCUUUUGGUUUCUGCCAUCUCCUCAAAGCCUAUGCUCCUUGGCCCUACACUCGCAGCCCUAUCAUUGUUCACAAUACCAAACAGAGGCUUCUUCACAGAUGUCGACCGAAACCCCGUACUUCACUCUUUGCUCAAGAGCGUCUUCUACAAGCAAUUUUGCGCGGGAGAGACACCAAAGGAGACGAAAGAGACUAUGCGGCACCUGAGGUUUAUGGGAUUCCGGGGUACGAUUCUCACAUACGCGAAAGAAACAAUUUUUGAUGCAAAGACGAACGUGGAGCACGGCUUGGGCAUCGAGUCGGAGGAGAACGCAAAGGGUGGCCUCGAUUGUACUAUUGAAUCCUGGAGGCAGGGAGUUUUGGAGACUGUUGAUCUGCUCGGUGAUGGCGAUCAACUUGCUCUCAAACUUACAGGAGCAGGACCUCGUGUUACAGAGGCUUUCGCCGCAAGACAGCUACCCCCUCAACAAAUGAUGCAAGCCCUCGAAGAAGUGAGCCAAAGAUGCAAAGACCGUGGCGUCAGACUCCUUCUCGAUGCCGAAUCUCAGCACUUCCAAUGGGGCAUCUUCCUUGCGGGCAUGGAAUUGGUGCGCAAGUUCAACCGCGACGGCUACGCUACGAUUUACAACACUUACCAGGCAUACCUCAAGAGCACCCCGACCACCCUGGCCAAGCACCUGGAGAUGGCCAACCAGGAAGGCUUCACUCACGGCCUGAAGCUAAAGGACACCGACAACGCAUACAACAGCAUCGCGCAGGGCGCCCUCAGGCGGCAGAUUGGAGAGCACGGGGCCCCGGGCGGCAAGCCGUUCCCGUCACUCAACCUCUUCCUGGCGAGUCACAACAAGGAGAGCGUGGUCACGACACACAAGCUCCACCAGCAGAGGCUAAAGGAAGGACACCCGACGGUCCCGGUCGGCUUCGCGCAGCUGCAGGGUAUGUCGGACGAGGUCAGCUUCUCGUUGUUGGCGCUCAAGGAGGAGGGGAGCCAGGACCCUUCGCCGCAGGUGUGGAAGUGCUCGACGUGGGGGAGCAUGGGCGAGUGCGUGGCGUAUCUUUUGCGGAGGGCGGUGGAGAACCGGGAUGCCGUUUCCAGGACGGUGGACGAGUAUGCGGCGCUCAAGGCGGGGGUCGGCAGGAGACUGCGGUCUAGAUUCUUCCGGUCUCGGACUGUUGGCUAA